AUGAUUGUAAUUAAAGUUAUAAUAAAUAUAUAAAAUGAGUCAACAAUGUAGCGUAGAAUACUUGAGAAUCAAUCCUUAACGGCACUUUAGAUUACCCUCACUUAAUACUACAGGCAGUCAAUUUUUCAAGUACAGAGAGAAUUAUAGAUUAGUCUCUCUUAGGAAAUGGUUACAUCUAGAACUCAGAAGAAUUUAGUAAAACCGAAACUGGUAUACAUGCUGAUUUAAUCUCUAAGUAAGCGUUGUCACACAAAAGAGAGGAUAGUAAGAACUUCUAUCAUCAUUCUACUAUAUACAAUGUAAAAGAAUUUAAGGAAUUGAGCAAACCUUAAGAGUAAUUAUAUAUAAUGAUAUUUAGUUAUCAAGAGCCUAAUCUAACUAAAUACACUGAAAUGUAAACUAAAAUAAUGGUUGCUGAUUUCAAAAAGAAAGUAGAUGCAUUCUUAUAAAAAAACAAUUAAAAGACUAAUAUGAUCGGUAGUAAAAUACCUUCUUCAUUAUAUGAAUUUGAAUCAUUUCAAUCUACUACUAAUGAAGAAUAGCUUAAUAAAUCACUAUGUUCUAAUAAAUAUACUAUCCGUACUGAGUGUAAAGAAUAUCCUUAUUAUGUAAGAUAAAUCAAUGAAAGCAACAGAGAUACUUGUAAUUAGUAAUAGAAAGGUUGUCUCAAGAUAAAUUAUAUCAAGUGAAUUAAUUCAAUAAAGACUUCUUAAAUAGAUGGAAAUUUUUCUUAAAGAUGAUAGAUACAACUAUGACCUAAAGUACCAAAAAUAUAUAUAUUUUAUUAGGAUGCAAACAAUGAUUGAUUAAUAUGAAGAUAUUUUCAAUAGAAUAAGAUAACAAACUUAUACAAUAAAGCUUCCUUAAAAUUAUGAAGUUUAAAUGAGUGACUACAAUGAAUUCUACUAAAAAAAAGAAGAACCAUAAAUACCAUCUAUAGAUGUUAAAUUAGACAUCUUAGCAGAUUAAAUUAUAUAGGAAAUCUAGCAAUCAAGACAAUCUACACCAUAAAUAUAAAGUCAAAUUAAUGAAGAACAAUAGGAAGAACAUUCACCCUAUAUUGUUGAAGUUGUUAAAACAGAACCAAUUUAUUUAAAAGAAGAAGAAACUCAAAAAUAAAUGAUUUUAGAUAAUGAAUAAGUUCGUGAUAGAAAAUUAUCAUAAAGGAAAGGAAAACCUAGACAAAAAUAAUAAUAAUAAUAAUAAUAAUAAUAAAAUUAAUCAAUAUCUGAUACUAAUAAUCUAAAGUCUUAAUAAUCCAGUUAAUCAGAAUUACCAGAUAUCUCCUCUACACAAUAAAUUCGUUAAACAAGAGAACUACUAUAGAAAAUAAAUAAUCAACAAAUUAUUCAACCAAUUUAAAUUUAAUAAUAAAAUCAAAUUAACUAUGAAACUAAUAAUAUUUAAUAAAUUUAAUAAACACAAAAUUAGCAUUAAAAGUAAAAUAAUAAUAAAAAACAUAUUACUCAUGAUAAAUAGAAAGGCAAGGUUCACUCAAGAAAAAUAACAGGAGAUACUGUAGUCUAAAAAUAAGUUCCAAUAUAUUUAAAUGUUCAAAAAGAAUAAAUUUUAGAAACCUUAAGUGAAAAAUCUCAUGAAGAAACUUUUUAACUUGAAAAAAACUUAACCAAAAAAUAGGAAUCUUCUAAAUAAGAAAAUUAAGAUAAUAAAUAAAUAGGAAUUGAUGUUUAAGAUGAAUAAGAUUAAUAAGAUUUUCAAUAAAAAAUCAAUUAAUAAACUUAACCUAUCUUAAUAUAAGAAUCUAUAUAACCUAUAUAAUAAAAUAAAUAAUUACACCAUACUGAAUAAAGAGAUGCUGUAGAACUCUGGGAUAAUAAUUAACCUGUAGCAAAUAAAUCUAAUAUCAAACAGAAACCAAUUCCAUAAGAAAUAAAAUAAAUUGAAUAAACAUCAAAAAGAAAUAAAGAUGUUAAUACAAAUUAAUAAUCUACAGAAAUAUUAAAUUAACGAACAACAUUGAUGACUUCUGAAUAAUAAUUAAAUGAAUAAGAAAUUUUAAACUAUUAGCCUAUAAAAUCAAAUAAAAAUUUAGAUAUAACAGAAAAUAAUGAACCACAUUAAAUCAAUUAAAUAAUAUAAAUUAACAAAGACAAUUAAAAAAAUUAAAUAGAAGAAUAAGAAGAUCUAAAGAAUGUUAGAAUAUAAGAUGAAAUUGUUGAAAAUAAAGAAUAAACAGAUGAUCUUAGUAGUAAUGAUGAUCUCUUAUAAAUUAUCAAUGAAAAAAUGAAAAUCUUUGAAUAAAAAUUAUAUUAACCUUCCAAGGAUAUUUUUGAUAUUCUAUUAGCUUCGGAUUUAGUUUAUAAUGUAGAUAUUGAAAAUUAUAAAGUUUCAAAAUCAUAUAAAAAGUAAGUAUGCAAUCCAACAUUUAUAUUUGAAUAGAAGGAUGAAGAAGUAGUCUAUUCUCAUCAGUAAAUUCUUAAUUUAAUUUAGGAUCAUUUGGAGACAUGAAUUAUUAGAAGUAAUACCAAAGUUGUAAAAUUUAAAUAAAUAAAUUGAGAUUGAUGAAAAUGAUGAUUAUAUUGGAAAUGAUGUUUAAGAAAUUGAAAAAAUAUAUAGUGAAUUUGAAAACUAUUUAAAAUGA